CUUUAACGUGUUGAGAUUUUCUUCAACACACUCGUUUAUCAUUUGCCAGAACCACUACAAGAGGUUGUAGUUACGUAGUAGAUCCAGCAGGUGGCACCAGAAACCGUCAAACCUGGAUCAUGGAGCCUGAACUCUGUGAAUAGGAGGUUUAGUUGGUAGAUUAUUUCUCUAUUUCUCAGCUGACGAGGCCGAGGCACUGAGAAGGAUGCUGAGGGCUCGUCGCUCUACCAGCCCUAUCAAGGGGGCGUCUACCAACUGCAGUCCCACCAGACACGCACCUGUUAAAGGUGGCACGUACGAUUCAGAGGUAAUGAGGGUGUUACGAGAAAGAGAUGAACUGCAAAACAUGUUGGAGAAACAAGAGCGGCACCUCUCAGAGAUCCAGGCCAAUGUUAAAGUGCUCACAGCUGAACGGGACAAGACCAGAAUGCACUACCAGCAGGCUCAAGAGGAGAUAGCAGCUCUACGACGGGAGGUCAUGAUGUCAAAGGCCUCACGAGGGCCCAAGAGCAGUGUGACCGCUCAGAGCAUCCUGAAACGAGUGGAGGCCGAACGGGAAGAGGCCACAACAGACCUCAACCGCAUGACCACAGAAAGAGACAGUCUUAAAGAGAGACUCAAGAUCUCUCAGGAGACAGCCAUCAGCGAGAGAGCUCACCUGGAGCAGAGGGUGGAGGACCUGCAGGUUGCUGUAUUCACACUGGAGCAGGAGCGGGGGGAACAGAAAAGCAGACACGCUCAGAUGAGGGAGACAAUGUUGAGUCUGGAGGAGGAAGUUCAAAUACUUGGGCGAAAACUCAACACCAGUGAGGAAGAGCUCAGCCACCUCAGAAAUGAGUGCAGCAGCCGCAGAGUGGCAAAUAAUCAGUUGGAAAUAUCUCUGAGUGAGAAUCAGCGUAGACUAACCAGCAGGAUUGGAGAGCUACAAAACACUCAGGAGAGGAAUAAAAUGCUGGAUGAGAAGAACGACUAUCUCCUGUGGCAGGUGACUGCUAUUCAAGAGGAGAUGAACACACUGCGGGGUACAGUUUCAGAGCUGGAGCAGCACAGAGUCUCGCUGCAGGAACAACUGGAGAAAAAGACAGAUCUGCUCAGCACAGCAAAUGACCAGCUAGGUGAAAAGGAGAAAACCAUUAGGAGCUUGAAACUGAGAACUGAGGAUUUUGAGACAACUCUAAUAGCUCUGAAGGAGACCGUAGCUGGCAGAGAAAGAGAGCUGGAUUUUCUGAGGAGGAAGCUGUCAGACUGUGAAAACGAGAUGGGCACACUGAUGAAAGUCAAAGAUGCCACAUUGCACGAGAACGGCCAGCUGAGGAAAAACCUUGACAAAGCAUGUCUGGAGAAUCAGACUCUACAGCUCAAGCUCGAUGAAGCUAUUGAGGAAAUAGAAGACUUGCAGGAAAAAGUACAAGUUUACAUUGCUGACAUCUCACGCACUGAAGAUAUGUUGUCUGCUAAGGAGCGUGAGUGCAGAGAACUGCAAGAGUCUCAAAGGAAAGUGUCACUUCAGGUGGAAAGCUGGGAGGUGCAGGCCAGACAUGCUGAAACCACUGUCACUGAACUCCGUCUUGAGCUUCACAACUCAAACUUAGAGAUCCUUCGACUUAAAGAAAGAGCAGACAGCCUGGAGAGCAGUCUGCAACAGGCACUUAGUGCAGAGCGUAGCUGUACUAGUGAGCUGUCUCAGCUUAACCGAAAGAUGAUUCACAUGGAGGAAGAUCUGAGUCAGGCCCAGGCUGAAUGCACACAGGUGCACACUGACCUAGAAAAAACACGAGAGCUCUGCGUCAAGCUGGAAACCAGAAAAGAAGCUGUGCAGAGUGAGCUGGAAUCAUGCCACUCUGAGAUUGAGCUGUUACAGAAGCAGCUGGCCAGUGAACGUCUGUGUGUUCAGACUUUGGAGAGCCUGCUGGUGUCUUCACGAGAAAAGGAACUACAGAGGCAGCUCACCUCUCAGGAAAGACAGACCGAAAUACAAAUUCUCAAGGACAAACUCAGCAUGGCUGACAGCAAAGUGAGUUCUCAGAGUAGGGAAAUGGCUCAGCUAAGGACACGAUCAACCCAGAUGGAAGCAGAUCUUGAUAUGACCAAGAGACACCUGUCCACUGAGCGCUUUGAACGGGAGCGUGCAGUACAGGAGCUGCAUAGGCAAGGUCUCUCAGCUAUUUCUCCUGUCCUCUCCUCCACUAUGCGCUCCUUGUCCACUUCCCAUCAUCGCUCUCUGAGUCCUCACAGAUCAUGGUCUCCAGAACGUUCUCAUCAAAGCCCACCUGACCCACUGCUUGUGCCACAUUACCCUGGCAGGAGUCUGACUUUCAGGGACUUUUAUGACUGAGAAGAUCUCAAUACUCCAGUUUUGCUGGCGUCAUACAUUCAUAUCAUCUGCUUAUAUCCUGAAUUCUUGAAGACCAUCAGUAGGCUCUGAUCUCUGAUUUCAAUAAAUCAAAUGUUUACCAUGAUUUCUGUUUUGCUAAAAAUGACAUUGACAUUUAUUUUUUUUUGUAUGGUACAAGUUGUCAGUCCUCUUGAAUAAAAAUCUCCAUGUU